AUGGUAUCUUUGGUUAAUAUUCCCGUCGGUGAAGCUGCCUCACCUAAUGAAACCGCCCCAAGAGUUAAUGGCGUCAUUAAAGGCGGCAAUUUGCCGUUGUCCAGACCAAUCGGCUUGUCUGGUACCACUUUGUACGAAUACAUCACCGAAUGUCUAGCUAUAAAACCAGAAAGAGACGUCAUGGGUUAUCGUGAUCUAAUUGAUAUCCACGAAGAAAAAAAAACCGUCACCAAAAUUAUUGACGGUAAAGAAACUCCUGUCGAGAAAACCUGGCAAUAUUUCGAAUUAUCGCCAUAUAAAUACUUGACCAAAAAACAAUUACACAAGUUGAUCCACGAGUAUGGUAGAGGGUUGGUCAAGAUUGGCUUGAAACCAGAUAAUGAAGAAAAAUUACACAUUUUUGCCUCCACCUCUGCCAAAUGGAUGCAAACCUUUAUGGCCACCACCACUCAAGCAAUUCCAAUCGUUACUGCCUACGAUACUCUUGGAGAAGCCGGUUUGACUUUCUCGCUUGUUCAAACCGAAACUAGCGGUGUUUUCACCGAUAACGCCUUGUUGCCAAAAUUGAUCAAUCCUCUUCAAAAGGCCGAAAAAAUUAGAUUCAUUAUCCAUUCCGACAACAUCGAUCCAAAUGACAAGAGAAAUGGCGGCAAGAUUUAUGAGGAAGCCAAGGCUGCAAAAGAAGCCAUUCUUAAACAUCGUCCAGAUAUCAAAUUUUACUCUUAUUCCGAGGUUAUUGCUUUGGGUGAAGAGUCUGAAGCUUCUAUUCCUACACACGCCCCUAAACCAGAAGAUACUGCUUGUAUCAUGUACACUUCUGGCUCUACUGGUGAUCCAAAAGGUGUUGUGCUUACCCACGCCAACAUUGUUGCGGGUAUCGGUGGUGUUAGUGGUAUUGUUGACAGGUCUCUAGUCAAUGAUAAGGAUCGUGUCAUUGCCUUUUUGCCAUUGGCCCAUAUUUUCGAAAUGGUGUUUGAAUUAAUUAUCCUUUACUGGGGUGGUGUUCUCGGUUAUGCAGGUGUCAAGACCCUUACCGACACAUCGAUGCGUAACAGCGAGGGCGAUCUUAAGGCUUUCAAACCAACCAUCAUGGUUGCGGUUGCUGCAGUCUGGGAAACUAUAAAGAAGGCCAUCAUUGGUAAAAUCAGUGCCAUGCCUGGCCCAGUGCAAAAAAUAUUUUGGGCUGCUUAUAAAUCUAAAUUGCUCAUGACCAACUAUCACAUCCCAGGUUCUUCUAUUUUGGACCGUUUAUUAUUCAACAAGGUUAAAGCAGCUACUGGCGGUGACUUAAAAUUAGUGUUGAACGGGGGUUCUCCGAUUUCUAAAGACACCCAAGAAUUCGUUUCUGUAUUGAUUGCUCCAAUGUUGAUUGGGUACGGUUUAACUGAAACCGUGGCUAACACCACCGUUGUAUCACCAAGAAGAUUCGAAUACGGUGUUGCAGGCUGUUUGAGUGCUGCGAUCAAGGUGAAAUUGGUUGAUGUUGAAGAUUUGGGCUACUUUGCUAAAAACGAUCAAGGUGAAAUUUGGAUCCAGGGGGCUCCAGUACUCAAGGAAUAUUUCAAAAACCCUGAGGAAACUAAGAAAGCCGUCACUGAGGAUGGCUGGUUUCAAACAGGUGACAUUGGGGAAUGGACUGCCACUGGUCAAUUGCGAGUCAUUGACAGAAAGAAGAACUUGGUCAAGACUUUAAAUGGUGAAUAUAUUGCUUUAGAAAAAAUUGAAAGUAUCUAUCGUUCCAACACCCUUGUUGGUAAUGUCUGUUGUUAUGCUGACCAAACCAAAGUCAAACCAAUUGCUAUUAUCUCACCAAACGUUGAUGCCUUGGAAAAAUUUGCAAUCGAGAAUAAGGUUAUUUCUUCGUCAUCAGAAUUCGAUUUAUCUAAGAUUAUCGAUAACGAACAAUUGAUUAAGUUGGUGCACAAACAUCUCAUUAAUCAAGCUAAGAAAGAUGGUUUGGCAGGUAUUGAAUUGGUAGCAGGAAUUAUUAUGAUUGACUAUGAAUGGACCCCACAAAAUGGGUAUGUCACCAGCGCCCAAAAGUUGCAAAGAAAGAAGAUUUUGGCCGAUGUUCAGGAAAAGGUGGACGAGGUCUACUCCAAGAAUUGA